CUGAAGCGUAGUUCUAUGCCUGCACAUCGAAACAAACAUUUUUCUUGCUAGGUAAAUAAUACCUUCCUAUAUACAAAUGCAGGAACUACGUAAUGGGCAGUACAAAGUCAAUCUAUGACAUUGUGAAGGAUGUCAUCCCUACAGUUUGGGCGUGCGUGAAGUACCAAUUAUGCUUUUGGUGAUUAUGUUAGUGAAUUUAGAGUAAGGAAAGCAAGCCUGCUGGCAAUACAAGAAGUCAUCAAAUCAAAAAUGCAAAUAGAGGCACAACAUUACCCUGGAAAGAUUGAAAGGAGGGACGUUAACGAUUGGCUGGACAGAGGGGAUAAAAUAAUUCAGGAUGUUGAAGAUAAAGUCAGUAAAGUGGGAUGCCCGUUUCACAUUUGUGUAGCAAAAUAUCUAGAUGAAAAAACUGGAAAAAUGAAGGAAAUAAUUGAUGAAGGUGAAAAAUACACCAAGCUAGAUGCGAUUUUGGUGGUUGAUGAUCUUUCAAGAAAGGGGGUUGCAGUCCCAACCUCAGAACUACAAGGCAGGGAUGCUACUAAAGCAGAAAUCUUGGGAUAUUUGAUGGAAGACAAGAUUAUAAGGAUUGGAGUUUGUGGACUGGGUGGUAUUGGUAAAACAAUCAUCAUUAAGCAUGUGCACAAUGAACUACUGAAUAGAGUAACCAAAUUUAAGAAAGUUGUUUCGGUAACAGCAACGAGGCAGUUUGAUAUUAUCAAGUUACAAAAAGAUAUUGCAAGCCAAUUGAAAGUUUCUCUGCCAGAUGAAGAUGAAACUAUGCGUGCAGCAGUACUAUUAGAGAUAAGGAAACUAAUCGAGUGUUGGAUUGAAGAAGGAUUUAUUGCUCCAAUGGAAACUAGACAUAAGAUGAAUUGUCAGGGCCACGCUAUUCUAAGGACGUUGGAAGAUAAUUGCUUGUUAGAAAUAGUUCACACUAUGCAAAGUAGAGUAAUUGAUGAUGAAGAUGAAAAUGCUGUGAAGAUGCAUGAUCUUUUGAAAGCCAUGGCUUUGGAUAUCACAAGCAAAAGUCCUCGGUUCUUGGUAAAAUUUGGCAUGAAAAUCAGAGAACUACCAAACAAGAAACAAUGGACGGAGGAUUUGAAAAGGGUUUCCUUGACGAGGAAUUCAAUAGAAGAGAUUCUUAGAGAUUUGUCUUCUCCAGAAUGCCAAAUGCUUACAACUUUGUUGUUAUCUCAUAACAACUUAUCGAACUUUCCAGAUUCCUUUUUUGAGCAGAUGAAUGAACUCAAGAUUCUUGAUCUCUCCAAAAAUUAUGAAUUGAAGAGUCUGCCAAGUUCCAUCUCUGAAUUGAAAAACCUCACCACAUUGUUAUUAAUUGGAUGUCAGCAGCUAAGGAAGGUGCUAGCUUUAUCUAAUUGUCAAGCCAUAACAACGUUGGACUUUAACCAGUCUGGAAUCGAAGAAAUCCCUGAAGGUAUUGAAAUGUUGGUAAAUCUCAAAUAUCUUGAUCUUAAUUAUACAAAUAUGAGAAAACUGCCUGAAGGAAUGUUACAAAAACUAACAUGUCUUCAGAUCCUAGCAUUAAGAAUAAGUGGGAUACAAGUAAAAGGGGAAGUCUUAUGGCCAUUAGAGAAAUUAGAAUACUUUGAUGGGGUUCUAAUCGAUUGGAAUGAGUUGAGCAUUUUCUUGAAAGUGAUGCAAAGCAGAAGGGAACGACUUAGAGAUUAUAGACUUGAUAUUGGAUCUAGAGGAGAAGGGACUUUUGAAUACCAAAAACACUGGAAAAGAUUGUUUUAAAUAUCAUGUCUACCAAUUACUUCUGAAUAGUGUGUUCUUCUACCUCACAAUGUUGAGACAAUUGCAUUGGAAAGAUGUCUUGACUAGCUCGGUCAGGGUUACGACUAGCUUCGGCCACUCUCUGCUUCUGGGAGUUUAGCUUGCUCAAAGCCUUGUCCCUAUCAAAUUUUGAA